AUGAUCAGUGUUUGGAAAGACCUGAGGUAUCUCCCAACUGCUGUUCUCGUCCGUAUGCAACGUCUUGCCGAUGAUAUUCUUGUUCCUCCUGGGUAUGCCGUUUUAUCAACAAAGAUCAAAUCUGGUUUCCUGUAUAUGAAGGCAGACAAGUGGCAAUCGUGGUGUCUGAUUUAUUCGUUGGUGGUACUAAAAGACGCUUUGCCUGAAGACGACUACAAAAACUGGACUCUCUUUGUAAAAGCAUGCCAAAAGUUGACCGGUCCUUUAGUCACAUAUUCAGAAAUUGACAGCGCACACCAGCUCCUUGAAGAAUUCCGAAAAGAGUGUGAGACUCUUUAUGGAGAGAGCAGCAUCACGCCAAAUAUGCACUUGCAUAUGCACUUGUGUGAGUUGAUGCUUGACUUUGGUCCCGUAUACGCAUUCUGGCUGUAUAGCUUUGAGAGAUACAACAGCAAGUUGAAGAACAUCAAGACAAACCGUUGCAAUGGUCUUGAGGUCACCUUCAUGAGAGUCUUCCUGGAGAAAGCAUUCAUUGGUAGCUUUCUUCGAGCAUAUUCUACCAAUCUUUCAUCACCACUAAUAGAGUUCCUUGAGGGGGUUGCCCAAGUAAAAUCAAAUUCCGACAGCUCUUCUCCCUUGAAUUUGGAUGCUGGCCACCCUCCUGCGUUGCCAUUUAGCUUAGCAAUGUUCCAGCAAGCUGCUACCAAUCCAUGA